AGAGCCACUUUGAAGAUAAAUUCCUGUCGAGUACACUGGAGAGUUGAUCGAUUGGAAGACGGCAGAGGUUAUUGCACGAGUUGUAAUAGUUAAUAGUAGAUCUUGUGUUGAUUGAGUAGUUAGCAGAGGUUCAAAUUCACCAUGGACGGCAUGUUUAGUGGCAUGAUGAAGGCCCAUAACUCGGUGAUGGAGGCGGUGGCCGAAGCAGCUCGGAAACCUAAAGUUGUGGUGGUUCCUGGGGGUAAUCCUUACCCCGCUCCUGGGGGAGCUGUACCUCCACCGGCAGCAGUGGUUCCACCAGUCGCUUGUGCUGUACCACCGGUAGGAGGACCAGGCUUCGGUGCUUAUCCUCCUACCGGAGCACCUCCAUAUCCGGACCCUCUGUAUGGUUACUUCUCAGCCGUGGCGGGUGCAGAUGGCCAGAUUGAUCAGAAGGAGCUCCAACAAUGCCUCACCUCAUCUGGGAUCUCAGGAAGUUACCAGCCUUUCAACCUAGAGACGUGUAUCCUGAUGAUCAAUAUGUUGGAUCGUGACUAUUCGGGGAAGAUGGGAUUCAACGAAUUCAAGGAGCUCUGGGGUGCUCUUAACCAAUGGAAAACUACCUUGAUGCAGUACGACCGCGACAGGUCAGGUCAGGUUGAUGGACAUGAACUCGCACAAGCUUUGGCUGCUUUUGGAUACAGGUUAUCCCCUCAAGCCGUUGGAGUGUUCCUGAGACGUUAUGGUGUCAACAACCAAAUCCCUUUUGACGCAUUCGUUGCCUGCUGUGUGCGCCUCAGGGGUCUUACAGACUUCUUCAAAAGACGAGAUGUUCAACAGACUGGAAGUGCUAACAUGCAGUAUGACGAUUUUAUCACUGGUACGAUGUCCUUCUAAGCUUGCCAGCAUAUACGUCUGAGAUUCCAGCAAGAUGAUUAGUCAUGAUCGGUCAGUGACGAUACUACAUGUUAGAUAACCAUUACAAAUGUCCUAUUUAUUCCAUGUGAAGGUGUUGUCAGCUCAUUAAUAUUCAUUAAUAUUCUAGAAAGUGGGUGUGGUAUGCAUAAAUUGAUAUUUGUGGUCUUCAUGGAAUAUUUUGUGAACCUUAUGGGAUAUUCUGAUGAAAUUUUGCAGUUAAAAGUGAAUCAUUCAGUUCUUCCUAUUUCCAAUAAUCCCCCCCCCCCCUCUCUCUCUCUCUCCUCUUGCUCAGCCCCCAUCCCCCUUUUUCUCUGCCUUCUAUGUUAUAAAUUUAGGAUAAUUUAUGUUUACCUUCUUAAUAAGAUAGUUAUUGAAUAUGUGUAUCAGUGGUUAAUAUUAAUAAUAACAUAGUUUAUUCAUAUCAUUAUCAAUAGUGUGUGAAUUGAUAUCUAUAAAUCAUGAAAAAUGAUAUAAAUCAUCAAAAACAAAAUUAUGAGGUCUUUGAUUUGGUUUCUAGAUAGAGAAUAAUUCUUGUUGCCUUACAGCAAUCCUUAGUCUUUCAAUUUCAAACGUAUCUCUUAUUUACUUUAUAUAUAAUGUAAUCAAGGUAGCUCAUCUCUUGAGUGCACACUGGAUUAUUUUGAGUGACACUGGAUUAUUUUAAGUUUGGUGUUAGAUGUUGGUGUUGCCGUUAAGGUGAGGAAAGCACCAGCCCAACAACACCAGUCUUCAAAUUAUGCUAGUGUUUGCUGUAAGAUUUUGGUAUUUCAUUUAUUAAGCCCACCCAUGAACUCUGAGGUUCCAUGACAUUUGCUCUGGCGACAAUUGCUCUGCUGUAAAUUUCUCUUACCAAUGAAAUGACCAACUUCAACCCUGGAUUUAACACUAUACCCUAUCAUAAUCCUAACCCUAAACCUUAAGUAAAAUCCUUUUGCAACCCUUAACC